AUGGAAGAGGGCAAGCAUAAAUCCAGGAAGGAGGGGGAAUCCAAGAGGAGUCAUCGAGAUCGGCAACGCGAAAAAGAGAGGAAUGGAGAGAGACACAGGGAUAAAGAUAAAGAUAAGAGAGAUCGUGAUAGUCGGCGCUCUGAGAGAGAAAAGAGUUCUGAUUCUGAGGAUAGGUAUGAUAGAGAGAAGCAUCGAGACAGGGACACUGAUAGGACACGAAGCCGGGAUGAUGAAAGAGAGAGAACGAGAGACAGGAAGAGAGAAAAAGAUAAAGAGAAGGAGAAGGAGAAGGAGAGAGAGAGGGCUAGAGAGAAGGAAAAGGAGAGGGAAAGAGAAAGGGAAAGAGAAAGAGAAAAAGAAAGAGAUAGAGAGAAAGAAAGAGAAAAAGAAAAAGAAAAAGAAAAGGAACGAGAAAGAGAGAGGGAGAGAAGGGAACGAGAAAGAGAGGGAGAAGAUAGAGAGAGGGAAAAGAGGGAGCGAGAGAGGGAGAGGGAAAAGGACAGAGAUCGAGAGAGGAGGAUACGGGAGAGGGAGAGGCGCAGGGACAUUGAUACUGAUGAUACUGAUGAUGAUGUUAGGGAGCGUGGUAGGAAGCGGCAUAGGAAAGAUGAAAAUGAGUACAAGGAGAAAGAGAGGGAACGGAGUAGCAGCAGGUCAAACAGACAUAGGGAUGAUGGAGAUGGGAGCCCGAGAAAGAAGAGUGAUGAAGAUGAUUCAGUUAAGAAAGAGAAGCAGCCAACUCGUGAGGAGGAGUUAGAGGAUGAACAGCGGAAAUUGGAUGAGGAAAUGGAAAAGCGGAGAAGGAGAGUUCAGGAGUGGCAAGAGUUAAAAAGGAAGAAGGAAGAAUCUGAGAGAGAGAAACGUGGGGAAGGGGAUGUUGAUGAACCUAAGUCCGGCAAGGCCUGGACUCUUGAAGGAGAAUCUGAUGAUGAAGAAGUACCCUCAUUAGGGAAAUCAGAGAGGGAUAUGGAUGUUGAUGGUGAAGACAAUCUGACUGACGGAGAAGCUGGCGGAGAUGCUAUGGUGGUAGAUUCUGAGAAUGAAACAGAUGCACCUACUUUGCAGAAUGGGGCUGAUGAUGCUGUUGGUGAUGAAGAAGUUGACCCAUUAGAUGCUUUUAUGAAUUCUAUGGUGUUGCCUGAAGUUGAGAAGCUGAACAAUGCUGUGGAACCAUCAAUUGUUGAUGAGAAGAACAAGGAUAAAAAGGAUGAUCGAAGUAAUGGUGAACAGCCAAGGAGAGGUUCAAAUAAAUCUAUGGGCAGAAUAAUUCCUGGGGAGGAUUCUGACUCGGAUUAUGGGGACCUUGAGAAUGAUGAUGACCCCUUAGAAGAUGAAGGUGAUGAUGAGUUCAUAAAAAGGGUGAAAAAGACAAAAGCUGAGAAGCUUUCUGUAGUUGAUCACUCUAAGAUAGAUUAUGAUCCAUUCCGCAAAAAUUUCUAUAUUGAGGUGAAGGAGAUCUCUAGAAUGACUCCAGAACAGGUGGGUGCAUAUCGGAAAGAACUGGAAUUGAAGAUACAUGGUAAGGAUGUGCCAAAGCCGAUCAAGACAUGGCACCAAACUGGGCUUACAAGUAAAAUCUUGGAAACAAUAAAGAAGCUAAACUAUGAAAAGCCAAUGCCAAUUCAGGCUCAGGCAGUGCCUGUAAUUAUGAGUGGUCGAGAUUGUAUUGGCAUCGCAAAAACUGGGUCAGGCAAAACUGUUGCAUUCGUGCUGCCAAUGCUGAGGCAUAUCAAGGACCAGCCACCUGUGGUAGCAGGAGAUGGACCUAUUGGGCUUAUAAUGGCACCAACUAGGGAGCUUGUUCAGCAGAUUCACAGUGACAUUAAAAAGUUUACCAAGGUACUGGGUCUCAGGUGUGUGCCUGUGUAUGGAGGUUCUGGUGUUGCCCAACAAAUUAGUGAAUUGAAGAGGGGAGCUGAAAUUGUUGUCUGUACUCCCGGUAGGAUGAUUGACAUACUUUGUACAAGUGGAGGGAGAAUAACAAAUCUGCGUAGAGUAACGUAUUUGGUAGUGGAUGAAGCUGAUCGAAUGUUUGACAUGGGUUUUGAACCUCAAAUCACUCGAAUUGUUCAAAAUAUUCGGCCAGAUCGUCAAACUGUAUUGUUUUCUGCCACCUUCCCUCGCCAGGUUGAAGUCUUGGCACGCAAAGUCUUGAACAAACCUGUGGAAAUACAAGUUGGUGGUAGGAGUGUUGUGAAUAAGGACAUAGCACAAUUGGUUGAAGUGAGGCUGGAAAAUGAAAGGUUCUUGAGAUUGUUAGAGUUACUUGGGGAGUGGUAUGAGAAAGGAAAAAUUUUGAUAUUUGUCGAGUCACAGAAUAAAUGUGAUGCUUUAUUUAGGGAUCUGCUGAGGCAUGGAUAUCCUUGUCUCUCACUUCACGGGGGCAAAGAUCAAACAGAUCGUGAGUCCACCAUAACUGAUUUUAAAAGCAAUGUUUGUAAUUUGUUGAUUGCAACUAGUGUUGCUGCGAGAGGGUUAGAUGUCAAGGAGCUUGAACUGGUGAUCAACUUUGAUAGUCCAAAUCACUAUGAAGACUAUGUUCACCGCGUUGGCCGUACAGGGCGAGCUGGUCGGAAAGGCUGUGCUAUAACGUUUGUCUCUGAGGAAGAUGCUAGAUAUGCUCCAGAUCUUGUCAAAGCAUUGGAACUCUCUGAGCAAGUUGUUCCAGAUGACCUGAAAUCUCUUGCGGAUAGUUUCACCGCAAAAGUAAAUCAGGGACUCGAGCAAGCCCAUGGAACUGGUUAUGGAGGAAGUGGUUUUAAAUUUAAUGAAGAGGAAGAUGAAGUGAGGAGAGCAGCAAAGAAAGCACAAGCCAAAGAAUAUGGUUUUGAGGAUGACAAGUCAGAUUCAGAAGAUGAAGAUGAAGGUAUCCGAAAGGCAGGGGGAGACAUUUCACAGCAGGCUGCCCUUGCUCAGAUAGCAGCCAUUGCUGCUGCCUCUAAAGGUAGUACAGCUUCAAUUCAGACCCCUGUGCCUGCUGCCCAACUGCUUCCCAACAGUGGACUGCCUGUUUCUCUUCCAGGUGUCCUUGGUCUAACAUUACCAGGAACAGCAGCAGCUGUGGCUGGGACUGGUUUGCCUGUUGUUGGCAAUGAUGGGGCAGCUCGGGCUGCAGCAAUUGCAGCUGCGAUGAACUUGCAGCAUAAUCUGGCAAAGAUCCAAGCUGAUGCAAUGCCUGAACACUAUGAAGCAGAGUUGGAGAUAAAUGAUUUUCCACAGAAUGCUCGAUGGAAGGUUACCCACAAGGAAACUUUGGGACCUAUAUCAGAGUGGACUGGAGCUGCCAUUACUACGAGGGGUCAGUAUUUCCCACCAGGCAAGGUUGCAGGACCAGGAGAUCGCAAACUCUACUUGUUUAUUGAGGGCCCUACUGAACAGUCUGUCAAGAGAGCUAAAGCAGAAUUAAAACGUGUUUUGGAAGAUAUCUCAAAUCAGGCAUUAUCACUUCCUGGUGGAGCUCAGCAAGGCAGAUAUCAAGUUCUAUAA